AUGGCCGAUCAAAUCCAGGAGCUCGUCGAAGCGCCCAGCCAGUUUGUCAAGGACGGCGUCCAAUUCAUGAACAAGUGCCAGAAGCCCGACCAAAAGGAAUUCGUCAAGAUCUGCCAGGCCGUCGGUACCGGAUUCGUCAUCAUGGGAGUCGUCGGAUACGUCGUCAAGCUGAUUCACAUUCCCAUCAACCAGAUUCUCGUCGGGGGCGCAUAA